AUUCAAGGAAACGGGCGAACACAGCACUUUUUUUUUUUUACUUUCCAUAAUGUUCUAGCCUCCGCAUAGCACACGUCUUUAAUAAGGAGAAACUGAUAUAUUGGAUGUGGGUCCCUAUGGAAGCCGUUCGCCUCUGAGGAGCUGGGAAUCUCUGCCCAGUCAAGGGAGACCCCCUCAAUUGUUUCCUGCGCCAAGAACUGUAAAGACAUGGUCAUCACACCGCAGCUGUGAUGAACAGCAAGCAGUGAACGUGAGGACGUGUCAGAGGAUGCUCCUGAUCUGCGGGACCCAGUGUUGAGGGAGGUCCACAGAGUCCUGAACUGGUUGGUGUCCACCAUGUCUUACCACCAACACUACCAGCGAGGCCCCCACGGGCGCACCAUGAGCUCCGAGGAGAGGAGCUCCACGCCAGUCAACAAGACCUCCACGCCAGUUCAUAAGAGCGCCUCCUCCUCUUCUUCUUCCCAGCGCGACAGCCGGCAGGAGGCCGACAGCUGGGAAAUCAUUGAAGGGCUGAAAAUCGGUCAGAGCAACGUCCAGAGGCCUGAUAAGCAUGAGGGUUUUAUGUUGAAGAAGAGGAAAUGGCCCCUGAAAGGCUGGCACAAGCGUUUUUUUGUUCUGGACAAUGGUAUCCUGAAGUACUCAAAGUCCCCCAUUGAUAUCCAGAAAGGAAAACUGCACGGCAGCAUUGACGUCGGCCUCUCAGUGAUGUCCAUCAAGAAGAGGGCCCGUCGCAUCGACCUGGACACCGAGGAGCAUAUCUAUCACCUGAAGGUCAAAUCUCAAGAAAUCUUUGAUGCCUGGGUGUCCAAGUUGCGUCAUCACCGGCUUUACAGACAGAACGAGAUUGUGCGAUCUCCCCGGGAGGCCACCAUGCGAACAUUUCCUCCUCCGGCUGCCAUGGAGUCCCCACAACCUGCUGCGAGUGUGGUACAUGAAGCAAAGCAGGCCAAGCCAAGCAGCUUGCCAUGGCAGCCGGUGGCCCCCAGCAACAGCAGCAACAGCAGCCUGCCUGCAUCUUAUAGUAACGGCCAGAGCAAGGUGGUUGCUUGGCUGCAGGAAUCAGAGGAGAUGGACAAGUGUGCAGAGGAUCUCGCAAGAUGCCAGUCCAACCUGACCGAGCUGAGCCGGUUACUGCAGAGCCUUGAGAUUCUACAAAGGACACAGUCAGCACCCAACUUCACAGAUAUGCAGACCAAUUGUGUAGAAUUGUCAAAGAAAGAAAAGCGCUUGAACAGAAGAUGGAGAACAAAAAGUGUCGGCAAAGAUGCAAAAUUCCAGCUUCAGGUCCCUCUGUCUGCCAGCAUGUCCCCUGUCCGCCUCCACUCAUCCAAUCCCAACCUGUGUGCCGAGCUGGUGGACUUUCAGCCCCCCGUCUCCCGGCUGACAGACACCGUGGAGUGUACCAGCGACUACAUUAAACUUCAGGACGAAUUCUGCACCAUCGCCCAGAAAGUCCACUCUCUGCUGAAGUCCGCCUUCAACACUGUGGCCAUAGAGAAAGAAAAGAUCAAACAGAUUCUGUCUGACCAGGAACAGUCUGACCAGUCAGCCCAGAUCAACUCUCUCAGGAAGUCUCUGUCACAGGCCCUGUCCCAAAACGCAGAACUUCGAACUCGACUCAACCGCAUCCACUCUGAAUCUGUCCUGAAUGAACAAGUCGUCAGUGUGAACAUCAUCUCCACGCCUGAUGAGGCCGCGGAACAGAUGGGGAUCCCUCUGACUCAGCAGGCCUCUAAUGAGAGCCGACUCUCCAUGUCGGAGUCUGUCUCCGAGUUCUUUGAUGCCCAGGAAGUGCUUCUGUCAGCCAGCUCGUCGGAGAAUGAGGGCUCAGAUGAUGAGUCAUAUGUCAGCGAUGUGAGCGAUAACAUUUCCGAGGACAACGCCAGCGUGACUGAUAAUGUCUCCAGACAAAUGGCCAACGGAGACUUUGCUGGCAGUGCCUUCCGUAACGGGCGACGCACCUGCCUGCCGGCGCCGUGUCCCGACACCAGCAACAUCAACCUCUGGAACAUCUUGAGAAACAACAUCGGCAAGGACCUGUCCAAAGUGUCCAUGCCUGUGGAGCUCAACGAGCCCCUCAAUACCCUGCAGCGCAUGUGUGAAGAGCUGGAGUACAGCGAGCUGCUGGACAAAGCUGCUGAGACUGAGGAUCCCUUCGAACGCAUGGUUCUCGUCGCUGCUUUUGCCAUCUCAGGCUACUCAUCCACUUACUACAGAGCAGGAAGUAAGCCAUUCAACCCGCUACUCGGCGAGACUUAUGAAUGUAUUCGGGAAGACAAGGGCUUCUGUUUUUUCUCGGAACAGGUGAGCCACCACCCUCCCAUCUCCGCCUGCCACUGCGAGUCUAAGAACUUCACCUUCUGGCAAGAUGUGAGAUGGAAAAACAAAUUCUGGGGGAAAUCAAUGGAGAUUUUACCAAUAGGGACCGUGAAUCUCAUGAUUCCCAGGUUUGGAGAUCACUAUGAAUGGAACAAAGUCACCACGUGUGUACACAACAUCCUCAGUGGACGGCGGUGGAUCGAACACUACGGGGAGAUCACCAUCAGAAACACAAAGAGCAGCGCCUGCCUCUGCAAACUGACCUUUGUCAAGGGAAACUACUGGAGUUCUAAUGUGAACGAGGUUCAAGGAUUUGUGAUGGAUCAAGAAGGGAAAGUGAUCCACAGGCUUUUUGGAAAAUGGCACGAGGGCCUUUACUGCGGUGUCCCACCUUCUGCCAAAUGCAUCUGGAGACCAGGGUCCAUGCCCACAGACUAUGAGCUGUACUAUGGCUUCACCAGGUUCGCCAUUGAACUGAAUGAGCUUUGCCCCGAGUUGAAAGAUGUCUUGCCGCGUACAGAUGCCAGAUUCAGGCCCGAUCAAAGGUAUCUUGAAGAAGGGAACUUGGAGAUGGCAUCCUCAGAGAAGCAGCGUAUUGAGGACAUGCAGAGAGCCAGGAGGAAGUGGAACGAGGAGAACAACAUCAAACAGCCGCCACGCUUCUUCAAGAAAGUGGUUGAUGCCAAUCACAGGGAGAGGUGGGUCUCCAACAACACGUACUGGGAGCUCCGCAAAAACCCCGGCUUCAUCAAUAUGGAAUCUACAGCGACCCUGUGGUAGCAAAUGGAUGGUUCCGGCCAUCAUAUCGUCAUCGCAGACAAGAAAGCUGUUACCUAUGCACAAUAAGGUGUUAAGAGAAACGUUAAUGAUAAAACAUUCAUGUGCAUGGAUAGGAGCGGCUGCAGAGCUGAGGGAUGGCCUGAUGCCCAGCGACCCCGUCAAGGUUCUGUGGCGCUGCCACACGGUCACCCAUCCAUGGAAACAUCCUAUAGGAUCACCUUCAUUGUGCUUCUCUAAGCUGGGUUGUCGGGGCAACAAUCGUACCACUCCUAUGUAGAUCCUUCCUCAGCUCCUUCUGAGUAUGUCCUUGCCUUAAAAUGACAUGUCACACGAUUUAGCGCUUUUUUAGUUGAGGCCAUUUGAUUUCUGACAGCCGUUUGGGUUAGACUAGUCUAAGAAGUAGACAUUUUGAUUACCUACAAUACCGUGCAUGCUUAGAGAGCAGCUUUCACUGGCAUAAAGCCGUAUUUACUAUAUGAUCAAUUAUUGUAGAAAAAAAAGAGGUAUUUUUAUAAAAUAUCUUGGACUCAGAAUUUAGUGACAAAGUACUAUGUGAACUGGCAGAUUUUAUUUAUUCUUGCCUUUUAAUACUGUUGAAUCUGUGCGAUAGCAGUACUAUCUCUCGGGAAACAAAUCAUUUACUUCAAACACCCUCCCCCAGCUGGGCCUAGCCUCCCUUCAAUCACCAGUCCUCGCCCUCCCCUGCCCCACUGUCUAAUUAUAAAUGCUGUUACAUGAAACCAACUCCUCUGAAUCACAUGGUUACAUAAAUACAUACAUAACCCCCUCCAUGUACAGUGGGCACACGUUCAGUCUGUCUCUGAACGUGGCGCAGAUAAAUGUCUCGUUUUCAGUGAAAUAACAAACACUCAAACAUCAUCUAAAUGUCAAGACCUCAGAAAAGAUAGUGUAGUAGGUUGUAGAGAUUAUAAAGCCUUCUCACACCCUUUUGUGAUUAUGAGCUUUAUGAAGAGAGCUGACAGCGAAACACGAGUAAAACAAACACAUAUUUCCAUUAUGAGACCAACCACUCAUUUACUGCACAUCCAUCCACACCUCUAUAGAGCUUAUUUCUGAUUAAAAUGAUUUAAUCAAUGAAUUCCUAAUUUUUCUGUCAAAAAUAAUGACAAAUUCCCGUCACAGUUUGCCAAAGCGACGUCUCAAAUGCACAUCCUUGUU